CACUCUCUCACUCUCUCUCCGCCGAUUCAGUAGCAGCUCAAACCUCCUGUCAUGCUUGAAGAGGAACACACUCACACACACUAGCCGGACUGAACUGAGCCCUGCCCCACCUCAAGAGGAGGCUGUCCGGGUGUCUCUACUGCGAGCAGAUCCCACCGGUUCCCCCGAUCAUCCCUAGAGAGCCCGUGAUUCUCAGUGGCGGCCACAGACAGACGAGCAGCCAUGGAGACCCGACUGUCCUCCAGCUAGCCAAACUGCUAUCCGACAGAAGCCCGAAAACAUGCGCUAGACAGGGUUGUAUAAGAAGACUGUUUCCUGUUUUCACUGGAGUGACGCUGCUGUCACUUUUGGCCAUCAGUGGCUGAAGAUGCAGACUUUCCUGAGAGGCAGACGAGUGGGCUAUUGGCUCAGUGAGAAGAAGAUGAAGAAACUGAACUUCCUGGCAUUUGCGGAGAUGUGCAGGAAAAGAGGGAUAGAAGUCAUUCCGCUGGACCUGAGUCAGCCAUUAGAGGAGCAGGGGCCCCUGGAUGUCAUCAUUCACAAGCUGACAGACCUGAUCCUGGAGGCCGACCAGAACGACACCCAGGCCCUGCUGCUGGUCCAGCGUGUGCAGGAUUAUAUUGACGCUCACCCAGAGACCAUCAUUCUUGACCCACUUCCAGCCAUUCGAACUCUGCUGGAUCGCUGCAAGUCCUACCAGCUGGUGCACAGGAUAGAGGACUGCAUGAGAGAUGUCCGAAUCUGUUCUCCUCCAUUUAUGGUUCUGAACAGUGAGUGUGGUCCAGACACACUGGAGCAGAUCGAGCAGCACAGCCUUACAUUCCCUUUCAUUUGCAAAACACGGGUUGCUCACGGAACUAACUCUCAUGAGAUGGCUAUAAUAUUCAGCGCUGAGGACCUAAAGGACGUGAAGCCCCCGUGUGUCAUUCAGAGUUUUAUAAACCACAAUGCCGUGCUGUAUAAGGUGUUUGUGGUGGGCGAGUCGUACACUGUGGUGGAAAGACCAUCACUCAAGAACUUCCCGUCUGGACCGUCUGACAGAAAAGCAAUUUUCUUCAAUAGCCACAACGUGUCCAAGCCGGAGUCAUCCUCUGACCUCACAUCUAGAGAUAAUGUAGAAGGUGUUUCCCAGCCACCGAACGAUGAUGUCAUCAGGGAACUGUGCAAGUCUCUGCGGGAAUCUCUCGGAGUUUCGCUCUUCGGCAUCGAUGUCAUCAUUAACAACCAGACAGGCCAACAUGCAGUCAUUGACAUCAAUGCAUUCCCUGGAUACGAGGGUGUUCCAGAGUUCUUCAAUGACCUCCUGAACCACAUCAUCAGUGUCCUCCAAGACCCCUCCGCACCUCCUCCUCCUCCAGGCCAGAUGCCCUCUUUAGGGGCUGGAGAGCGCAACUGUUCCCCAUCCCAGGAGUGCUGCGGCCUGUUGGGUAAGGAGUCAGACAGCAGCCCCUGGAUCGUGGAGGGUGACGGGGGUCUGAAAGCUCCCCAUCAGAGACUGGGCUGCAACACGGCCAUGUCCCCCAACUUCCAACAGCACUGCGUGUCCACAAUAGCCACUAAAGCCUCGUCACAAUGACUGCUGUCUCCAUACUGUCUCCCCGCCGCCCUUCCCUGAACAAAUUGUGAAGACAAAGUGAAUAAUAUACAGUAACAAUAAUAACUGUUAUACUGAUAAUAUAUCUGUAAUCAGAAAUAAACUAUAUUGGGAAUAAUCUUGAUGUUGAUAAUGGGCAUUGGAUUUGAUCUCCUCUGCCUUUGUAAAUGUUUUAUUUUAUUUUAUUUCUCUUUUGUCUAACAACUCAGUACUGUAAUGUGAACAUUGAGGAAAUCAACAGUGAUUAGUAGCUCUUUUUUAUGUUUUUAAAUAAUUUGAGUCGAUUUUACUUUGAAUCACGCUGCAAAAUUAGUGGAUGGUAGGUAAAGGGAUUGCUCACCUAAAAAUGGAAAAAUCUGCCAUCAUUUACUCAGCCUUGACUUAUUCAAAACCUUUAUUUUUUUUCUGUUGAAAACCGAAGAAGAUAUUUUGAAAUAUGUUGCAAACCGGUAACCAUCAACUUCCAAAGUAUUUGUUUUUCAUACUAAUGAUGGUUGCUGGUUUCCAACAUUCUUCAAAAUGUCUUAUGUUUUCAACAAGAGAAAGUAACUGUCAAAAGUUUGGGACAAGUCAAGGGUGAAUAAACGUGAGUAGAGCUUUAUUUUUGGGUGAACUAUGUCUUUAAGUAAACACAAUGUGCAUAUUGGCUUUUAAAAAGAAUAAUUCACCCUCAAAAGAAAAGUAUUUCAUAAUUUACUCACUCUCAAGCCAUCCUAAAUGUAUUUUUUGUUCUUCUUUCAUAUGAACACAUACGGAAUUGUAUUAUUUUUUCAUUAUCCUGGUUAUUCCUAGCUUUGUAAUGGCAGUGAAUGGUGCUCCAGUUGUUGACGCUCCAAAAUGUACACUCAUUCAAAAAAAAAAAAACCCACAUUAUUUCUCGUUAAUGCAUGUACGGAGGUAGCCUAUUAGUAUAUAAAGUUUUAGAUUGAAAUAUUCUCCUUACAGAACCCUUCGCUUUACUUCAGAAAGCAAUUGUUAAUCCGCUGGAGUUGUAUGGAUUACUAUUACGAUGGUUGGAUGCACUUUUUGCUGUUUAAAAAUCUCGAGCACCAUUUGCUUUCAUUAUAAAGCAGUGACCCAGCAGCCUAAGAACUUCAGCAUGACAUCAGAUUGACAUUGUACCUCAACAUCGUGGAACAUUGCGAUUUAGAAAAUCGGGUUGACAUCAGAACCCAACGUCAGGCCGACGUCAGUGUCCAACAUCGGACAGAUGUUGCAUUUUGGUUACUUUCUAACGCAGUCUAAAAACAACAAAAUAUCAACAUCUAAUGAUGUUACAGCUUGACGUUGUGUGAACGUUACCAACAUGACAUCUAUCAGACGUUGAAUUUUGGUUACUUUCCAACGCAACCUAAAAACAACCAAAUUUCAACGUCUAAUGAUGUUACAUCUUGACGUUGUGUGAACGUUACGAAUAUGACGUCUAUCAGAAGUUGGACUUUGGUUGCCAUACCUGACGGAUUAAUGUCAGCAUUUUUGAUGUCAAUAUGACGUUGGAUUAAGAUGUUGGCUCGACAUUGGAUUUUGAUCACUUUCCAACACAACCUAAAAUCAACAAAAUAUCAAUGUCAUUUCAUGUUGUUAUUGGACAUCAGAAUAACAUUGUCCUUGGACGCUGGUGACCUAAAUCUAACCUAAUAUUAACAUUUUAUGACGUUGUGUGUUUGCUUGGAAAGGUCCCGUGAAAUUAAAAUUCUAAAAGAUUUUUAGAUGUUAGUUUUAAGGAUAUCUAUAAGCUAGUGUGCUUCAAAACAGUGAUAAAAUUCACGCUUAGAAGAGUUAGGAAUUAAAAAAAAAAAUUCUUCACGGGACCUUUAAUAAAACACUCAUUGUGUUCGUCUGAAAGAAUAAAGGCAUAUACACCUAGGAUAUCUUGACAAUGAGUGAAUAGAAGCAUCAUUUUCAUUUUUGCGUGAACUGUUUUUAAGCCAUAAGAAGGUUUUGCGGUUUUCCUUUGGAAAAGACUAACGGACAUUAGUGUUUUUUUCAUGACACUGAACACAACACACCCUAUAAUCUAACAACUGUAGGACAACUAAAAUGUCUUCUGCUCUGUAUUUAGUGGCAAUCUUAUAUUGUGAUGAUCCACAGUGUAUAUCUUUGUGCAGCGUCUACAAAUCAGCUCCGUAAGCCGAAACCAAGGCUCUAAUGGCAGCUUUUGUUAGCCGUGUGCCACUGUGUUUGAUCUUGUGACACUCCGUAAUCUUUUCUUAAUGCUCCAGCAGACUUUCACCAUCUUUCCGUAAACAUUAUGACACCUGAUGUUUUUGUCUUUUUUUCCAUGUGCAUUUCAAACCAUCAUAUCACAAGGUGUAAUAUGAAGCGUGCAGGGGUGGGGGGAACCAAUUGAAUAAUGAAGUUCCAGGUGAACUUUGUAAUGUUUUGGUAGUUAUAUGAAAGUUGAUUAUAUGAAAAGAGGCUGAAAUUCUACUAUUCUUCUAAAUUCUUUGAUUUGUCAGUGUCGAGUUUGGUUGGAUGGUUGCUAGAGGAUAUUGACAUUCCUUGUUUGUUUUUGAGUGCUUGCGUGUGUGAGAGAGAUUUUUAUUUUCAUUUUUUUUUUACCAAAAUGGUCCCUAAUGUUUUGUAUAUGAUCCACUUUUGAAAUUAAUGCUACAGAUUAGUACACGACCUUCAAAUAUGAAAAUGAUGGAUGUAAAUGUAUAUGUUGGGAGUAUUUCUUGUUCAGAUUUACAAGCACACAUUUUUUCUGCAAAGAAGCUUGUGAUUCAUGCUCACCAUUCCUGGGUUUAAAGGAAAAUGGACAUCGGUUUCUACAAUUGUGUUCAUAAUCCUCCAAGGUAUAAAUGAAAUGACUGCUAACAUGUUUGAAAAUCACUAGUGAAUACAGAGUAUUUGCUUUUAUAAACUGUAAUUUGCUAAUUUUAUUUCAAAAGAAUCUGAGUAAUCCCUUUACUUAUAAAGUGAUUAGUUGAUUUUACUUUAAAAAGUGAGUAUUCCUGUUGCCUAAAAUUGAAUAAAGUCCAUGUGGAAUCAAAA